AUGGCGCGCGGCGCGUGCCUCUCCAAGGGCCUGGCCUCGCCGGCAGGGUCGCUGGUCCUCGGCGGCGCGGAGCUCGUCGCGAGGGCGCGCCGGGUGCGGAAGGCGCUCGGGGGCGGCAUGCGCCAGGCCGGCGUGCUCGCGGCCUGCGGCCUGGUGUCCCUGGAGAGGAUGGCGCGGCCGUCGCGGCUGCGGGAGGACCACAGGAGGGCCAGGGAGCUGGCGCGCGGCCUGGCGUCCAUCGACGGCCUCGAGGUCCCCAGGCCCGACUCCAACAUGGUCCUCGCCACGGUGGUGGCCGAGGGCGUCGCCUCCGCCGACUUGGUCGCGGCCCUGGGGGCGAGGGGCACCCGCGUGGUUUUUUUGCCUCCUCUGCGUUCCCGCGCCGGGGAAGAUCCGCGCCGCCCUGCACUACCAGGUCGACGACGGCGACGUCCUGAAGGCGGUGGCCGACUUCGGGGCCGCGAUGCGGAGCCUCCGGGCCGGCAGCGAGCAGGGGGCGUCCGGGCGCCAGAAGGUGCAGUAAGCACCCGCUGGCCCGCCGCCUGCAGC